UCUCUGCUCGUUUGUCCGACCAAUAUGGUGGUCAUCGCUGAAGUUCUGUAAGACUUCUGUUAUUUUUCAUGAGUCGCCCAAGCUUUUGGGGGCGAGCGAUGACAAGAGCGUCCUGAAAAUGAGCGCUCCGAUGCCCUCGAGUGUCCAGCAGCGCCGCACGAUUCAAUUCUUCCACCGUUAGACCCGUCAAAGGCGCCGAUGGACACGCAGAGGCCCGCUCAGCACGGGCCCUGUCCCGAGUCUUCGCAUGGCUCAGGGCGCUGCCCUGGUGGCCCAGACACAGUUAAGGAACAGCAGAUGGACAAAAGCAUUUCUACACAACUCAAGGACAGACUGAGUCUGAAGGGUGCGGUUAACGGGGUGGUGAUUAACGGGGUGGACAGCACACCACACUGCUGUCCGGACGUCCAGCCUUGCUCUAGUCAAAGUGCAGACUGUGUGAGUGAACCUGUCCCAUGCCAUAGUGAGGAGUCGAGUGGAUACAGUUCAAGCCACGAGGAGAGUCGCCAAAAGUCUGCAAAGGAGGAAAACCCAGCAUCAGACAUACGUUAUGUCUCUUAUGAGUCCGAGCUGCAGAUGCCGGACAUCAUGCGCCUCAUACAGAAAGAUCUGUCCGAGCCCUACUCUAUAUACACCUACCGAUACUUCAUUCAUAACUGGCCGAAAUUGUGCUUCUUGGCAAUGUGUGGCGAAGAGUGUGUUGGAGCCAUUGUCUGCAAGUUAGAUUUACAUCGAAAAGUCUUGAAGAGGGGCUACAUUGCCAUGCUGGCCGUAGAUGAGAAGCACAGAAAAAAGCGGAUAGGCUCUAACCUAGUUCUGAUGGCAAUUCGGGCAAUGAUUGCAGAUGACGCUGAUGAGGUGGUCCUUGAAACUGAAAUCACCAACAAACCAGCACUUCGACUGUAUGAAAACCUGGGGUUCGUUCGGGAUAAACGCCUCUUUCGAUACUACUUGAAUGGCGUGGACGCUCUCAGGCUUAAACUGUGGCUACGCUGAAGAAACAAAAAAAUAUGAACUCUUGCUAUUUAUGUAGAGUAACCCUGUCUAACUGCAAAUCAAAUUAAUUAUUGAACGAGUGGAUCGGAACGUGUUGGCCACGGUGUGUCGAAGAGCGGCCGAACAGACUGUCGGGUGUUGUUUCUGGUUCAGCUGUUGAAUGUGAGAUUUGCUGUCAUCAUUUAUUUCUGUCGCCACAUUAUCUUCACUUCAGGCAACUAACCUGCUUUUUAAAGUGACAACGCCUUUUUGUAUAGGACCAGGAGACAGAUUAAGUGUUAAUUAAGUUAACUUGCUGUUGAAAAAAAUGACACUCGUCCUGGAAACCCUGCCCUCUUGUUUUGCGUUCUUCUGUGUUUGUUAAAACCAAUGCAACCGUGACUAGAAUAUUAUAAUUUCAUUUAAUAAAAAUUAGUAAUCGAAAUUGUUUGCAAACAAA